AUGGAUGAAAGGUCCCAGGAUGUCUCUGAGCAUGACGUAAAGCGCAUCCCUGGUCGUAAGAAUGGUGGCAAGAAACACACUGGUUCCAAAAAGUCUAAAAAUGAGGGCGGAGGGCCAGGUAAUGAAGGUGGAAAUGUCAAAUCCAAGAAACAGCAUAAAAAGAAUAAAGAACAAGUUGCCAAACCACCAGCGCAGCAUAAGUUGGUUGUACGCCUGCUGCCACCUAACUUAACCGACAAACAAUUUUUUGACGCAGUUGACAUCGAAAUUGGCUCAAAGUCCGGACCUGAAGCUGGCAGUGAGUUUUUAACGCAAAAUGUGGAAUCUCGUUACUACGUUCAAGGUCACUUUUCUAGAAAGCCAUUCAAGCUACCCACAUAUUCUCGAGCGUAUUUGACGUUUCACGAGCCUGGUAAAUUGCAAGAAUUUGCCCGGAAAAUUGGAAAUUUAAGGUUCACAGAUGAUAACGAUAACUCUAUGAUUCCUACUAUAGCUAUGAGCCCCUACGUCAAAAAAUUGAGAGUCGAGGAUAGUAAAGGAGUAAGGAACACCAAGACUUUGUUGGAGGGCACUAUCGAGAAGGAUAAGACGUUCCAGACUUUUAUAAAGUCAUUGGCGCUUCUCAAGGAAAACAGGCAAGAAUACGAAUAUGCAGAUCUCAGUGUCAUCCAGCCUCUACAAAAAGCCCUAGAUUUGAAACGUGAAGAAGAAGCGCGUAUAAAAAAUCAGGGAGAAAGAGCGAUAGUGGCGCUAGCAGGAGAAGUGAAUAAGGAAAAGACUAAAAAGAAGAAGAACAAGUUGAAUAACAAAAAAAAGGCAUCGGAUACUGUUGAGCCCAAGAAGAAGUCUAAAAAACCAACCUCGCAAGGUGGGGGUCAGGAUAAGCAAAAUAUGGUUAUCAUAGAAGCCGCUGGGAGGCGUGAAUUGCAAAGAAGAGAAAGAAUCAAGAAAAUGGUGGAAAAAGAGUCUAAAACUGGCUCUGUGGAGAUUACCAGCGCUGCAGAAAAGUCUAACGCUUCCAAGAAUAAGAAUAAAUCCGCUAAAAAACCUAGAAGUAAAAAGAGACCUAACUCAAAAGGAAAAAAGAAGGACGGUAACAAUGAAGCAAAUGAGACGACAUCUCGUGGCAACGAGAGUGGUGGAGGAAAAACAAGCUCCGCGAAAUCAAAGCAUAAGGAUGACGAAAAGCGGUAA